UUUCGAACCGACCCGUCCUGAUCCACCUGCUGUGUGUGUGAAGAAGCUCGCCAUGAAGUCAGCCCUCAGUUCCAGUGCAGUGAAACUUCCACCGCUUGACAAAUGUCAGAAGCGGAAAAACUACGCCCACCCUGAAGUUCUGUGCCACACCUUUGAGACGCUCUCUAACCUUCACCAGCUGCUUCCAACUCAGCUGACGGAGGUACUUUACUCCUACAAGAGUGAAGAGGACAAAAAAAAAGGUGAGAACGCUGAACUCUCUGGCUUAGAAAGGAUCUUAGCAAGACAUCAGUUGCCAAAAGAGAUUCAUUUGACCCCAAAGCCAAGUACAAUGCCCAUACGGAAAAGAAAACUUAUCAACAAUGUAACUGAUGAGUGGAAGAAGUGCCACUUGUGGAAGAAAAACACAAAGGAGCCUCCAAUGUCCACCAUAGUUGUCAGAUGGCUGAAAAAGAACAUGCAACCCACUGAGGAUCUCAAGUCGGUGAUCUUUAGGCUGUCAGCGUUCGGCCCAAUUCAGUCAGUCACCGUUUGUGGGCGUCAAAGUGCUAUAGUGGCAUUCGAAGACAUGACGUCAGCUUGUAAUGCUGUGAAUGCUUUUCAAAGCAGGGUUCCAGGCACAAUGUUCCAGUGUUCCUGGCAACAACGAUUCAUGUCGAAGGACGUAAGGCUUUCUGUUACCAAAAACCUACGUGAAUUCUUAAAGCUUGUUUUAUGA